UUUGGGCAACGAGGGCUUCGCGCGCUUCUCGCUCUACGUCACCGGUGCUUAGGCUCUGCGCUUUCAAAAUGCAGCGGGAAUUAGUGAGUUUCCCGCUGUCUCCCGCGGUGCGCGUGAAGCUGGUGGCUGCAGGGUUCCAGACUGCCGAGGACAUCCUGGAGGUGAAGCCCUCUGAGCUCAGCAAAGAAGUUGGGAUAUCCAAAGAGGAAGCUUUAGAAACUCUACAGAUUGUAAGAAGAGAAUGUCUCGCAGAUAAACCAAGAUGUGCUGGUACUUCCGUGAGAGUCAAGAAGUGCACAGCCCUGGAACUUCUUGAACAGGAACACACCCAGGGCUUCAUAAUCACCUUCUGUUCAGCCCUAGAUAACAUUCUCGGGGGAGGAAUACCCCUAACGAAAACGACAGAAGUUUGUGGUGUACCAGGUGUUGGGAAAACACAAUUAUGUAUGCAAUUGGCAGUGGAUGUGCAGAUUCCAGAAUGUUUUGGAGGAGUGGCUGGUGAGGCAGUAUUUAUUGACACAGAGGGAAGUUUUAUGGUUGAUAGAGUGGCAACCCUUGCAACUGCCUGCAUUCAACACCUUCGCCUUAUAGCAGGAGCACACAUGGACGAAGAACAUCAGAAAGCCUUGGAGGAUUUCACUCUUGAAAAUAUUCUUUCCCAUAUUUAUUAUUUCCGUUGUCAUGAUUACACUGAGCUGCUGGCACAAGCCUAUCUCCUUCCAGAUUUCCUUUCAGAUCACUCAAAGGUGCAGUUAGUGAUAAUCGAUGGCAUUGCUUUUCCUUUCCGUCAUGACUUUGAUGAUCUGUCCCUUCGUACGUGGUUACUGAAUGGCCUAGCCCAACAAAUGAUCAGCCUCGCAAACAAUCACAGAUUAGCUGUUAUUUUAACAAAUCAGAUAACAACAAAGAUUGAUAAAAGUCAAGCAUUACUUGUUCCUACAUUAGGGGACAGCUGGGGGCACGCUGCUACGAUAAGGCUUAUUUUUCAUUGGGAACAAACGCAAAGAUUUGCAACAUUGUACAAGUCGCCAAGCCAGAAGGAGUCCACAAUACCAUUUCAGAUCACACCUCAGGGAUUUCGAGAUGCUGCCAUCACUGCUCCUUCGUCACAGGCAGGAGCGUCUUUGAAUUUCCGGAAACGGUCACGAGAACAAGAGUUGCAGGCUCUCCUUGAAUCCCCUUCUUGGGCUGCUGACAAACUAGGUAGCUGCCUUGAAAUCCAGAGAGGCUUUUACUGUUCUAUGCAGCAGCAAUCAGCCUCACAGCUUCAUCAACAUCAUCAGUAGAUUUGGAGAAUAAAGGUAUUCAGCUAAGGAAUCUGAAGACCACUGCACAAAUGAGACCUCUGAAGAAAAAGG